UGAAGGGAAGGUGUGGUCAGUCAGCCUCCUAUAAGAAUGACUGGUUGUGCUGUGUGGAGCUCAGAGAUCAACAGCCUCCAGACUGUGGUCACAGACCAUCAUUCAACAACCAUCCAGACUACCUGCUGAUCAGCUCCACCAGCCACACCUUUCUGGACCAGUAUCCAGCUCUCCAAGCCUCUUCCCAGUCAUGGCGUCUCCACGGUGGUCUACCUCCAUGCUGUUGGCUUCACUGAUCCUUCUUCUUUACUGGACGACCUCCUCUGCUCGGUCACAUGACUCCACCUCCACUGACCUGUCUCCACCACACAGGGUAAGAAGAGCCCUGCCUUUCCGUACCAGAGAGGAGGUAGCAGCAUCUAUGCAGACUGCAAAAGAUGUUCUGAAUUUCAUCAACGACAGGAUUGGAAAGAAAAACAUUGAAACGUUGUCAAGUGUGUUGAAGGGGAUCUCCAAUAUCGCCAGCAUGGCACCCGUCAUCGGAGGUCUGGUAUCAUCCAUUGUCAAUGUGGUUUUGGCCUUUGUCCCUCAAGAAAACCCUCUGAAGGAGCUGAGAGAAGGGUUUGCUGAGGUGAACAGGAAACUGGACUCUCUCUCCCUCCAGAUCUCCAACCUGGCAACAGAUGUAGAAUGGUUCAACUACGCCAGCGUCUAUUCUCAAGACGAGGUCCGCAUCCUCAACGCCUGGAAGAAGUUUGACGAGUUCCGUGAGAACAGUGGGUUGGUAAACACUGCUGAAGACAGACUCCGACUGGCAGAGAUAUUCACCAACUACUAUGAGAACACAGCAGUUGAGGCCAGUGUAGCCAACCUCUACCAUUACCUGACAGUCAGCAGCACGUCUCUGAGUGGAAACCUCAACAACCUGCUGAAGAAGAAGUUUAAAUGUAGUAUUAGAGAGAUCGGUAAAUAUAACAUAUAUUUUAGCAGCUUGCUGUGGAGGGGGAUGGUACUCAACCAACUCUACUGGAAUCUCGUCGGUUUUAACCCAUCAGGCAAAGAAGCUGAACAAAUCCAGAUGUUCAAGAAUGUCUCUGAAGCUCAGAUAUCAGCUGUGAAGUUCUGCCGCAACAAUUAUACACAGUACAUGGAGAAGGAUGUGGAGGAGAUCAGCAAAGCAAUGAAUCCUGAUAACAAACAAGCCAUUGCUUAUCAGGUGAAAAAGGCUCUAGAUGAGAAGUACAACUGGUAUAACUGGGUGGUGCUGGUGUACAACACCGAUCAGGUUGGCUAUCACAUCUUUUAUAAUAUGAAGGAGCUCCCCGCGGGUAAGAUCACUGUGGCUGUGGGCUACACUCAGAAAACAGAGGAAGAAAGAAAAGUACAAGUUUGGAAUCAGUUGAAUUCUUGUUACUCAGAGAUGUGGCAAAGUUAUUCUGUUAACCACCCUCUAAGUGAGAGGAUGGGGUGUGUUUAUAUCAAAGAGCAAGUACCACAAUGCAGUCGAGAGGUUGCUGGUGUUCCUGUAAGAGAGUUUCUUAAAAUAAUUGCACAGCAGCUAUAAAGAGGACUUUGGUAAAGCUCCAGAAGCUCUGCAGACUUUCGACUGUAAGUCGCAAGGCUUCGCAUACAGGUUCUUUGUGCAUUACUCCCAAACCUUACCCGUCUGUGACCCUGAUCCCUGUCAGAAUGGAGGAAAGUGUGAGAGGCUGCUGGACUCCAAUGAUUGGCUGUGUGAGUGCCCAGAUGGUUACUAUGGAGACACAUGUGAAAAGGAGUCUACGAUUAGCGCGGCUUCAGAGACUGAUUUACAACAUCCUGUGCCUGACAUCAGCACCAUUGACAUCAAACUGGACAAGAUGGAUUCCAAACUGAAAAACAUGGAGUCCAAACUGGAGGAGAUUCUCAACAAACUUGGUUAGACAUCUCCCAGUCAAAAGGCAAAUUUCUGCAGGAACAACAACAUAACGCACACUCCAGAAACUAACCACCUAUCAAGUGACUGAGGAGAGGAUCAACAAGAUAGAUGUGGAGUCACAGAAAUUUAGAAUCAAACUUAAAAUAAUUAAAGUAAAUUAACAAUCAAAGAAAUACUCAAAAAAUCACUUAUCAAUCACACAUCCAGGACAGUUUGAUCUGAUCAGAGUUUUGUUCUUUAACUUCAUUCAAUCUGAAUCAAAAAGACUGACCCCCCAAGGACUGACCCAUCAUCAUCAUCAUCAUCAUCAUCAUCAUCAUCAUCAUCUCUAUGUGCUUCACUUCUUUGCUCUUGUCUGUGAUUGUAAAAGAAGCAGAUGUCAUGUUAUUAAAAAUCAUCUCUAGCUUA